CUUCGAUGUGACCUCAGAGAGAGGCCUCUUACCCCCUUGCUUCUCCCCACACUAAGAGGACAUUGGUCACUCUGAACAACAUUGCGAGGGACGCUGGGCACCCUGAGUCACCAUGGGCAACGAGAACAGCACCUCGGACCACCAGGAGGACGCUGCUUCACGCAACACCGUCCUGUGGCCUCCAAGCCCUGACCCUUCACAGAGGACUUCUUUAGUUCAGAGUCCAAGAUCACUGCAGCCACCUGGGAACAGUCCAUCUCUACAGAAGCAACAAGGAGACUUGCCUGGAUCGUGUGCUGGAAGCACUGGGCUAGGAGGCUCCGGCUCUGCUUCUGAAAGUGUUGCCAGCCUGGACCCAUGCACUGUGUCUCCAGAGGUGGCUGAGCAAGGGGAGCACCCCCAGGAAGCCAGAGGCGCAGAAGGUUCUCCACUGCCCAGAUCAUCUCUGCCCUGGGAACAGCCGUGCCCCUCAGCCUCCAUGCCCUUCACCGAGGGCCCCUCAGAAGGUUGCUUGGCCAGCUCAGAAGCAAAAGCUCCUGAAGACAGCACCCUGACAAAUCACCUUUGGAUGGAACCCUCCCACAACAUCCCAGGGAACAUCUUACCGACAUCCACUCCUGAAGUAGAUGGCCCCACACAGCACUCAAUGGCUGCCAGCACCCCUAGUGCUGAAGGAGACAAAGAGCUGAAGGAAGAGGGGCCAAACUCAUCCUCCAGUCGCACUGGCCAAUUGCCAGGAAUUUCCCUAGUUCCUCUCCAGGAGCCAAGGACAGAGCUGUUGUCUGGAGAGGGCACUGGGCCUCGUGACUUUGAGUUCCAAAGGAAAGAGGAUAUGGACGACUGUCCCUCCCCAGAGUCAGCAACCAAAGCCCCCGCUGCCACUCAGCCAGGGAGGCCAAACUCAGCUGACCUUGAGUCUCCCCCAAAACUUGAGACUAUGGUCCCACAAGAUUCAGUCCUAAGAUCAUCAUCAGACAGAGAAAGAGAUGGGGUGGAGGUGCUACCUACGUGUUCAGCCAAGAACUUGGAAUUUCUCGAAAGCUGCCAUCCCUCUAAAAGCAAAUCCAGAGCUAUCCCUGGAUCAGGGACAAGCACUGCCUCCCAGGAAAGCUGCCAGCAGAAAGUAGAAAUGCAUCUGCCAUAUGCAGAACUGCCCUCAGGCCCACUAGGUCUUACCACAGCACCAGCAAACAGUGGCUCCUGGAAAGAGACUCUGGACACCAGCGAUGCUCAGAGCCAACCGCAGACAGGGACAUCGGGAACUGAGCUCCAGCAAGUCGUCUGUGUGGCAGCAGCCAGCCAGCUGGAUGGGAGCUUGCUUCUGAGUGCUGAGGCUCCUCUCUUCGCUAGAACAGAGGAAACUUCAAGUUCAGCUUCAAGUCCCACCGCACACGCAGCUGCUUGGAACUCGGUUGCCUCCGAAGAAUCCACAGAGACUGUUUCUGAGACGAAGAUGUCAGUUUCUGCAGAUCUGGCUGCCACAGAACAGAUGGAUACAGGAGUGGCGGAACUGAAGCCAACAUCAGAUCUUAGAAAAAUACAAGAACAACUAGAAGGUAGCCUCCAGCAGGUUCCUGCACCUUUCUUGCAGGGGCAAAAUGAUACAGUCCAACAAGGGUUGUUGCUGCCAACUUUCUCCCAUGGCAUUUCAAAUGAAAGUUCAGUGGAACCAACUGAUGGUCCCAAGGCCCCCAAGAAUACUGAAAAUAGAGUUGUGGCUAGAGAGGAAAGCAGAUCGCAUGGAGACAACCUUGAGGGACAGCAAGAAGCCACCAGUGCCUUUGCUGGUGCAGAGCCUGGGAACCAUGAUGAAGAGAAGUCUCAAGCCUUUCACAGCAGGCCCCAUCUGGAGACCAAGAAAGAUGAGGUUUCAAAGGCGCACAGUAAUACAGAGAACAAAAUCGUUCCCAGCUCAGACUCAACACAGCCACUUAGACAGGAGGUUGCUGGCCACAGGGAUGGGUCCCACUCUGGAUCAGCAGAGGUAGUGGGGCAGGUGGUUGCUGAAUCCCAUGUGACUGACACCGCUACCUCACUGCACAAACUCCAUGAGGAGGACCCCAUCCUGGCCUCAGCAUCAGAUGGCACUGGUGAGCACUUUCUUCCCCAAGAAGCCAUCUGGGAAAGUUCAAGAUCUCAGACCAAAAGCCCAGUCAUGCUUCAGGACAGAGGAGGAUUGGAAGCAACAGAAUCACUUCCUGCUUUAGAAUCUGAGAAAGGAGAUUUCCUGCCUGCUACAGCUGCGGAGGAGGAGGUACCCAAAGCUGGGGGGAUGGAGGAUAUAUUGGAAGUAAAGAAGAGCCAUUCACCCUUGCAUCCGCCUUACAGCUGUGAUGGGGAAGGCUUGCUGGUGUCCCCAGGCCAACCUUGUGGGGUGGAGAAGGUUGAACCUGGACAGGAAGUCCAUGCUGAUGCGUCAUCUCCCCGCAAUGGGAAAGACUCAACAAUAGGCCAUGGACUUGCUAUGCUCAGUCAGGAACAAGACUGUCAGAGAAAACUGUCUUGCCCAGAGGACAGUCUCCCACCAUCUCCAAAGAACCCUCUCCAGCCAUCUCAACUAGACCCAGAAGCGUCCAUCUCUGCUAUUCUCUGUGACAAGAACCAAUCACCUACAAAUGGGCAAAAGGCUUGUCAAAGCGACCCAGGUCUGAAGAAGCAGAGUACAGUUUCUUCCUCAAUCCGGGUACCCGAGGAAAGGAAGCCUUGGGCAGAUGUGAGCUUGUCUACUCGAGGAGGAAACGAACAGGGGUCAGAACUUCCCUCCAAAGGUAGCCCAUGCAAUACUCCAAGUUCAUCACCCAAGGAUACAGUUCUGGAAGGAGCACCACCGUCAGAGAUGUCAGAACUGUCAACCCCACUGGGACAAGAGUCGCCUGCACUAGGGGGAAAUGAGCAAGAGGGCACAGGCAGCAGUAGUCAGCUCUCGGAGAUCCUGCCUCCUGCAGCAGCCACCGCUCUUACAGAAAACUUGGGUGGGAAGGAUAGUCUCUCUACUGGGCAGGGGCUGAGCAAGUCCCAACAGGAGCUGGAUGAUGCUUUGCAAACAGGCAGCCUGCGUGAAGAAGCACGUUGUGGGGACUCGGGCCUUUCUGAAGCCAGUGACGUACUGCCUCCGCCUCGGGGCUUGGAUAAGACAGAGACAGCAAGUAGAAACAGAGCGGAGGCCCUGCCCUGUCCACCUGACUCAGUAGCUCUCCUGGAUACAGCACACUGCUCUCCAGACCCAGUGCCUACCAAUCCCAGAGUCACACUCACCCAGGAUGCCCUAGAGAGCGAGGCCUGUGAUGAGGGCCAGAAAGAGUCAGCCCCACAGCUGGAAAUGGAGCAGCCGGCCCCCUUGGGUACAGAAGCACAGAGUCCUCUUGGAAGUUUCCAGAAAGCAGAGGAACAAGAUGGUAAAGGUGGAUCUGCUGAAGUGAACGUUGAUGCCAGUGAAGGAGACCCCAGGAUGCAGCAGGCUUCAGAGGCACCAGAACCUGCUCUGAGUAGUGGCUUCCUUCAGGCUGACCAGAGCCUUGCCUCCACCCUGAGUGAGCCACGCCAACUUGUGCAGCUUAAGCCCAGCUGCGGGGAUGCCUUGCUGACAGCUGGAGAAGCAGACGGGAUGCCCAGAAGUUCUGUGGACGUUCUGACACAGCACACUGUUUCAGGCCCACGGAGCCUUCUGCCGGCUGAACCACCUGACACCCCUUACCUGCAUAUCAAUAGUGCUGCCAGGAAGGAUGCAGAAGAUGGAAGCACGAGAGGAGCCGUUUCCUCUGAGGACCCUGGAGCACCUCAUGAAAGUCCUGUAAAGGAGCCUCCACCUGCUUUGGAAAAUGACACCCUUGAAAAGAUACCUGCUGUCUCCUUCACCACAGUCUUGCAACCAGGAACUGCAGAUGGGGACAUCUCUGCAGCGGGGGAUGGUAAUGGUAUCGGUAUCCCCCAAGCUGGAACCACUGAGGGGCACGUGAGCUUCAUGCCCUACCUGGACAGGAUGCCUCUCCCGGUCAGAGACGAGCAGAUGGCAAGGGAGAUGCAUGUGGCUGCUGCUCCAGAAGCAAAUGCCAGGCCCUCUGAGAUCACAGCAUGCCCUGCCAGUGAGGAUGCAGCAGGAGAGAGACGGGGGAACAGGGAGAGGCCAGUAGAACUUACCCCAGAUCUGAGGGUUGUUGCAUCAGGUAGCGAGGGUGCAAGCUCCAAGCAGACCAGCAUAAUAGCGGGGCUUCCUGAUUUUAGGGAGCAUAUCACCAAGAUCUUUGAGCAGUCUGUGCUUGGAGCCCUGGCUGCUGACCGGCCCCAUAGUAAAAAGUCAGGAGUUCCAAGGAGUGUGCUGUUUGAGGGUCCUGAUGUCUCACUGAACUCAGAGAAGCUUCUAGAUGGGGCACAAGGAGUGGCUGCUGCCCUUCUCCCCGUACCUCCUGCAGGACUCCAGGUUGAGAAGAAGCAAGAGUCAGCUGUUGAGGCUGAGAGUUCUCAUCAAGUGCCCCAGGAUCCAGCGCCAGAGAAGGUGAUGGGUCUGGUGGGGACAGCCUUGGAGGAGAGCAGGCCAGGUGCCAGUGUUGAAGGAGAGAGGACUGGAGAGCCUGUUCAGGGAACUCAGGCUCACUCACAGCAGUCAAGAAACAGGCAGGAACUAACAGUGGGCCUUCCCUCUUCAGCAGCUGUUCAGGGGCUACCAGCAGAAAGAGCCCCUGGCUUCCCUGUGGCUCCCCAUAGCCAUGCAGAUGUAGAUGAGGCUUCUGCUCAAGGUGACAAAAGUAAUUCCAUAAAAGAGCACCUGGAAACAUUGCCCAGCAACAGUCAACAAAGAGAAGAUGGUACCCGGGACCCUACUCAAACCAAGGGUCUAACUAGUCUAUCAGGAUCCCCCUGUGCCCUGAAUGGCUCUUCCCAUGGAAGUGUUUUGAAUGUGCCUGAACCUAAAAGUGAGCCCUUGAUCCCUUCCACACUUGAGGGUGAUAGACAGAUUGAAGCUGCUGUCAGUACUACAAACACGCAAAAUAUGCUGGGCAACCAGGAUGCCCCCGAAAUGUUGGCUGGAGAAGUGUUGACUACUCCCCUGGAUCCCAGCAAAAUGGCAAGAGCUGCUGAGGAAGCAGAAGGUGAUGUCACACCAAGCAGGGCUGAGACGUGGGCAUGUGUGUCUAGUGACCUCCUUGAAACAGGUACUACAAGGAUGCUUCCCGGUGUGGCAGGUGACUCAGCACAGCCUGGGAGCUUUCAGGACUCAGGAUGCUCCAACAGGGCUCAGGUGAUGGAGGAUGCAGCCACCCUUCAAGGGGACAGCCAGGUUGAAGACCAGCAAGCCAAGCAACAGCUGGGCCCUCAGCUCCCUGCUCCUGUAGGGCCUGGGAAGCCGAGUAUCUCUUCUCCUCCAGAGCCCGAUGAGAGCAAAGAUGAAAAGCUGCACCUUGUGGCUCCAGAAGAACUCCUCAGUGACAGAAAGAGCCCAGGGCCCGGCCCGGCCACUUUGCCUUCAGUUCCUGAGGCGUGCGUUCCGAAAGGCUUUCCAGCAGAGGCCCGAGAUUUGGGGAGAGUAGAAAGCAUCCCUGGAACUGAUGAUGUCAUCCAGCCAGCUGCUCCUGCUGACCCGGGACACCCACCCUUAGCUGACUCUUCCCACCAUGGUGACGCUGUCAGCUCAGUCUCUACGCAUCUGACAGUCCAGAGCGCCUCCCCAUCUGCUGCCAGUGCAAGUCCUGCUCCUCUGGCCCCAGAACAUACAGCCUCGGCUUCCUCCGCAGCCGGUCCUGGAGUAGAAGUCACCCCCACUGCCUCCCCCCAACACCUGGCCAAGAACGCACCCAGGAGUUCCGACUCUGAGGAAGCCUUUGAGACGCCCGAGUCAACGACCCCUGUCAAAGCUCCACCAGCCCCUCCCCCUCCACCCCCUGAAGUCACCCCAGAGCCUGAGGUCAUCGAUCCACCAGCCCCAGAAGAACCAGGAUGCAUUUCUGAGCCACCGGUUGUGGUUCCCGAUGGCCCUCGCAGCAGCGAGUCCGUGGAAGGAAGCCCUUUCCGUCCUUCCCACUCCUCCUCGGCGGUGUUCGAUGAAGACAAGCCGAUAGCCAGCAGCGGGACUUACAACUUAGACUUCGACAGCAUCGAGCUGGUGGAUAACUUCCAGAGCUUGGAGCCGUGCUCUGCCGACUAUAAGGGUCAAGAGUGUAAGGUGAGCACGCGGAGGAAAUCCACCGAGUCCGUGCCACCCUCCAAGUCCACGCUGUCCCGCUCGCUUAGCCUACAAGCCAGUGACUUUGACGGUGCUUCUUGCCCCGGCAGCCCUGAAGCUGGGACCCUUACCACAGAUGCAUGUGGCACAGGAUCCAACAGUGCUUCCAGCACCCUUAAGCGAACUAAAAAAACACGGCCACCUUCCUUGAAAAAGAAGCAAGCCACCAAGAAACCCACAGAAACCCCCCCAGUGAAGGAGACCCAACAGGAACCAGGAGAAGAGAGUCCACUCCCCAGUGAGGAACACUUAGUACCAGAGACGAAGACGGAGUCGGCCACACCUGAGGGCGCUGGUUGCACCUUGUCAGACGAGACACCCCUGGAGUCCCCUGCUGUCCCCACAGCCACCUGUCCUCUGACUUUGGAGAGUGCAGAAGACAUUAGCCCCCUGGUUUCUGGAGGUGGCAGAGUGCAGAACUCACCCCCAGUUGGGAGGAAAUCAGUGCCUCUCACCACAGCCUCUGAGGCGGUGGAGGUGACCCUGUCAGACAGUGGGGGGCAAGAGGACUUGCCUGCCAAGGGGUUGUCAGUGAGGCUAGAGUUUGACUAUUCUGAGGACAAGGGAAGCUGGGAGAGUCAGCAGGAAAACGCCCCUCCUACCAAAAAGAUAGGCAAGAAGCCAGUUGCCAAAAUGCCCCUAAGGAGGCCAAAGAUGAAAAAGACCCCCGAGAAACUUGACAACACUCCUGCCUCGCCUCCAAGGUCCCCUACUGAACCCAGUGACACCCCUAUUGCUAAAGGUACCUACACCUUUGAUAUAGACAAGUGGGAUGACCCCAAUUUUAACCCUUUUUCCUCCACCUCAAAAAUGCAAGAGUCUCCCAAACUGUCCCAACAAUCGUACAACUUUGACCCUGAUGCCUGUGAGGAGCCCCUUGACCCCUUUAAGGCAUCCUCUAAGACCCCCAGCUCACCUUCUAAGUCCCCGGCCUCUUUUGAGAUCCCAGCCAGCACCACGGAAGCAGAUGGGGAUGGGUUGAAUAAACCUGCCAAGAAGAAGAAGACUCCACUAAAGACUGACACAUUUAGGGUGAAGAAGUCUCCAAAGCGGUCUCCUCUGUCUGACCCACCUUCUCAGGACCCCACUCCAGCUGCCACGCCGGAAGCACCCUCAGCAAUCUCUACAGUGGUUCAUGCCACAGAUGAGGAGAAGCUAGCAGUCACUAGCCAGAAGUGGACGUGUAUGACGGUGGACUUGGAUGCCGACAAACAGGACUUCCCUCAGCCCUCGGACCUGUCUAACUUUGUAAAUGAGACCAAAUUCAAUUCACCCUCAGAGGGUAAGCAACUCGGUGGCCAGCCAGACCCACACCUUGCCUUGGAGAAUACUGUCCCUAGGGGGCCAAGAGCCAGAAAAGAGCUGGACUACAGAAACUCCUAUGAAAUUGAAUACAUGGAAAAGCUUGGCUCCUCCUUACCUCAGGACGAUGACACUCCGAAGAAGCAGGCCUUGUACCUUAUGUUUGACACUCCUCAGGAGAGCCCCGUCAAGUCUCCUCCAGUCCGGAUGUCGGAUUCCCCAACUCCAUGUUCAGGGUCGAGUUUUGAGGACACCGAAGCCCUUGUGAAUGCAGCCACAAAGCUCCAGCAUCCGGUCGCAAGAGGUCUGCCCUCCAGUCAGGAGCCUCUCUUGCAGGUGCCCGAGAAGCCCUCCCAGAAGGAGCUGGAGGCCAUGGCCUUGGGCACCCCAGCAGAAGCAAUUGAAAUCACAGCUCCAGAGGGUGCCUUUGCUUCUGCAGAUGCCCUCCUCAGCAGGCUGGCCCAUCCCGCCUCUCUCUGUGGUGCACUUGGCUAUCUGGAGCCUGACUUAGCAGAAAAGAACCCCCCAGUAUUUGCCCAGAAACUUCAGGAGGAGUUAGAGUUUGCUGUCAUGCGGAUAGAAGCCCUGAAGCUGGCCAGGCAGAUCGCCCUGGCUUCCCGCAGCCGCCAGGACACCAAGAGGGAAGCUGCUCACCCACCAGAUGUCUCCAUCUCCAAAACUGCCUUGUACUCCCGCAUCGGGUCCACCGAGGUGGAGAAACCCCCAGGCCUUCUGUUCCAGCAGCCCGACCUGGACUCUGCACUCCAGGUUGCCAGAGCAGAGGUCAUCGCCAAGGAGAGAGAAGUCUCAGAGUGGAGGGAUAAAUAUGAAGAAAGCCGUCGGGAAGUGGUGGAAAUGAGGAAAAUCGUGGCCGAAUAUGAGAAGACCAUCGCACAGAUGAUCGAGGACGAACAGAGAGAAAAAUCCAUCUCCCACCAAACUGUGCAGCAGCUGGUCCUGGAGAAGGAGCAAGCCCUGGCUGACCUGAACUCUGUGGAAAAGUCUCUGGCUGACCUCUUCAGGAGAUACGAAAAGAUGAAGGAGGUCCUAGAAGGUUUUCGAAAGAAUGAAGAGGUGUUGAAGAAAUGUGCGCAGGAGUACCUAUCCCGAGUGAAGAAAGAGGAACAGAGGUACCAGGCCCUGAAGGUGCACGCCGAAGAGAAACUGGACAGAGCCAAUGCAGAGAUUGCCCAGGUUCGCGGCAAGGCCCAGCAAGAGCAAGCAGCCUACCAAGCUAGCCUGCGGAAGGAGCAACUUCGAGUGGAUGCUCUGGAAAGAACGCUGGAGCAGAAGAAUAAAGAGAUAGAAGAACUCACCAAGAUUUGUGACGAACUGAUCGCCAAGAUGGGGAAAAGCUAACUCUGGGCCAAGUGCGCGGACUUGGCCGUUGCGUGCAAUACGAGCGUCGGCUCACUGUCCUUCCGAUUCUGUGAACAGCGUCUCCUUUCACUUGCGUAUGCACUACUGUGUCCUCUUUCUAAAUAAGGUUGGUUUGACCGUAUGCAGUGCCGAGACCUACCAGGAUUCCUUGCUAUCCGUUUGCAUUUUCUAGUAUAAUUCAUAGCAAGUUGACCUCGGAGUUCCUGUAUCAGGGAGACUGUCAGAUUCUCUAAGAGACUACAAAUUGCUGUCCUUGGCCUUGCCCUUUGACGAGCAGCAUCUGAUGGGACAUGAACAUAUGCAGCCUGCAUCGGGACUCUUGCCUUAAGGAGUGUACAAUUGAUCCACAUUUGCUGGUUUGGUUUUUUAAGAAAAAAAAAAAAAAAAAAA